AUGCCGGUGAUCCAGUUUGGUAGCACCCCUUUAACUUGUGACAUGAUUGCACAAUCAUUUGCCGAUGGUGCAAUCCCAGACUCAACUUUUAUCACAGGAUUUGUCAACUGUCUUAGCUAUGAUGAUUAUUGGAUCAGACCCGAGUGCCAUGGUUAUAGGAUUUUUUUUGAUGCUGACCUCUCAGCAAUUCUCAAUGUUGAGUGGCACAAAAGGGACAGCUCCGAACCCAAAUAUAGCCAGUUUGCUGCAGUGACAGCCAUCCAACGCUCUCUUCCUUUCACAGACUUGAAGAAGACAAAGAUGAUUCUUCUACCAGUUCUACAUCAGCACCAUUGGUCUGUUUAUUGCGUUAACUUUGGCCAAUCACGGAUUGAUGUGCUUGACUCAUUUUUGUACAAUCCUGAGUCUGACAACAAUUGGGACAAUUAUCAUUUGGAAUUUGGGAAAAAAAUCAUGCACCGACUAAGUGAUGCACUCUCCAUUGCUGCACCUCUCAAAUUUAAAUCAUUCAAGAACUGGAGACAUGUCCCGGUCAAGGUUCCCGUCCAGAAGGCCACGUCGGACAGUGCAUUCUUUGCCAUGAAGUUUCUCGAGUUCUAUGAUGGUGAUGGCCAUGGCUCACUACACACUAGCAUCGCUGCUGAACGAUCUAAAGAGUUGCGUGCUGAGACCUUGUACUACCUCACUUUUCAUAAGCAGAACAAGGUUGUGGCGCUGCCCGAUGAAAUCCUUCAGUACCGUCGAGAUGAUCAUCACCCUUUUUUCUAUUAGUUUUUUUUUGUUCAUUACAACCCUUUACUAUUUAAUUUUUAUUCUUUUGUAGCUGUGCAUAUUGUACAUUCUCAUGAUUCAUAUAUGAACUAAGCUUAGUUUUGUGACUGACAUGUGAAUACCUCAUUUGUCGAUAUAGAACAUAAGUAAAGCAAAAAUGCCAA